AUGAGAGAAGUGAUACUUGGAGGCAGGGAAAGUCGUAAUUACAACUUUGUCCAAUACGAACCCUUAAUCUGGGGAGCUAGCGAGCAGGGGCUCAGAAGCCUUACGUCUUUAUGUGGUUACGUUCCCACAGGAGGCCGUGCUCGUGUUCCUGCAGCACCUUUCCCGAGCGGGGUUCGGUCUAUUAACGAGCUUUGCGGCAUCAGUGCUCAAUUUGGUGGAGGCCAUGGUAUAGCACAGCGUGUUAUUGGUCUCCAGAAGGAAAGCGAUGGCGGUGUUUGGAGGGAAGAGAACUCUUCUCACUUUGAAAUUGACGGACCCGGAGGUGAAUAUUUAAAUGAGAUAUCUGUUAACUUAAGCAAUAAGCCGCCUAAUGGUUUGAAGGUAACACAUUUCUCUUCUACGAAGUUCUAAUGUUUAUCCGAGAGCUGAUUUUUCAUGAACCCCAGUUACGAACAAACCGCAAUCGAGAAUUCAUCUGGGGCGACCAUCAGACUGGUGUUUGGGAAACGUUUCAAGCACCAGAAGGUGAGAUCAUUGUCGGUAUGAUCUUGACAUUUGGCAAAGGUGUCGGUCGGUUAAUCGGUAAUAACAAAUAUGUAGGUUCUGGCUUGCAGACUUUCACGAGUGAAUAUUGACUUGACAAUAGACGCGAACUAAGAUGAGAUCUCUUUCUGCUCUCACAAUGCCGUUAGGAAUUGCUGAUGGAGAUUGAGCACCAAAUCUUCGAAGUAUCCUGAAGGAAGAUCAUUUUUAGGUAAAUGAUGGGAUAUACAAGGAGGGCUGGGCACAAGUCUAGAGACCUACGCUGUUUUCCAAUCAAAGGUAUCGGGUUCUUUCAAUCCCUGGAUGGAUUCUAGUUGAUCGCCAUCUACUACCCACGAAUGUCGAGAAAUUG